AGCGGCUCUGCAGCACUCGCUCUGUUCCACACGCUCAGCACUGCUCCUGGAAGGACACCUCCUCCUCCUCCACCCCCCUCCCCCGCUCCCCGCUGUCACCACUCACCACACAUAGCCUCGAGGGGGUGGGGACCCCAGAGCUGGACACACCCCACCGUAGACCCAGAGCCCAGCUGGUCGGACGGACGCACGGUCGGACGCAGGACCUCGGAGCCCCGAGGUGGGCAGAGUGCCAGGGUCCCUCACAGUCUCCUCAAGCCCCGUCCAGGCCAUGGGUAUCAAGACAGCACUGCCCGCCGCUGAGCUGGGCCUCUACUCCCUGGUGCUGAGUGGGGCCUUGGCUUAUUCAGGCCGAGACCUGCUGGAGGCUUCACAAGAUGGCGCCCACAGGAAGGCCUUCCGGGAGUCUGUGCGGCCAGGCUGGGAGUACAUUGGCCGGAAGAUGGACGUGGCUGACUUCGAGUGGGUCAUGUGGUUCACGUCUUUUCGCAACAUCAUCAUCUUCGCCCUUUCUGGACACGUGCUGUUUGCCAAACUCUGCACCAUGGUGGCCCCCCAGCUCCGCUCUUGGAUGUACGCCGUGUAUGGGAUCCUGGCCGUCAUGGGUACAAUGGGCCCCAGCUACCUGCUGCUGCUGCUGGGCCACUGCGUGGGCCUCUACGUGGUGUCGCUCCUGGGCCAGCCCUGGCUCUGUCUUGGCCUUGGAAUGGCCAGCCUGGCCUCCUUCAAGCUGGACCCUCUCAUCUCCUGGCAGAGCGGGUUUGUAACAGGCACUUUUGAUCUUCAAGAGGUGCUGUUUCAUGGGGGCAGUGGCUUCACUGUGCUGCGCUGCACCAGCUUUGCCCUGGAGAGGUGUGCCCACCCCGACCGCCGCUACUCCCUCGCCGAUCUGCUCAAGUACAAUUUCUACCUGCCUUUCUUCUUCUUUGGGCCCAUCAUGACCUUUGACCGCUUCCACGCACAGGUGAGCCAGGCGGAGCCGGUGAGGCCAGACGGUGAACUGUGGCGCAUCCGGGCGCAGGCCGGCCUCAGCGUGGCGGCCAUCAUAGCCGUGGACGUCUUCUUUCACUUCUUCUACAUCCUCACCAUCCCCAGUGACCUCAAGUUCGCCACCCGCCUUACGGACAGCGCCCUGGCUGGCCUGGCCUACUCAAACCUGGUGUACGACUGGGUGAAGGCAGCUGUCCUGUUCGGUGUUGUCAACACGGUGGCACGCCUGGACCACCUGGACCCACCGCAGCCUCCCAAAUGCAUCACUGCCCUCUACGUCUUUGCAGAAACGCACUUUGACAGAGGCAUCAACGACUGGCUUUGCAAGUACGUCUAUGACCACAUCGGUGGGGAACACUCGGCUGUGAUCCCAGAGCUGAUGGCCACAGUGGCCACGUUUGCCAUCACCACUCUGUGGCUGGGGCCUUGCGACAUUGUCUACCUGUGGUCACUCCUUAACUGCUUUGGCCUCAACUUUGAACUCUGGGUGCAGAAGCUGGCAGAAUGGGGACCCCUAGCACGAAUCGAGGCCUCUCUGUCGGAGCAGAUGUCCCGCAGGAUCCGAGCCCUCUUCGGGGCCGUGAACUUCUGGGCCAUCAUCAUGUACAACCUGGUGAGCCUCAACAGCCUGGCGUUCACAGAGCUGGUUGCCCGGCGCCUUCUGCUCACAGGGUUCCCCCAGACCACGCUGGCUAUCCUCUUUGUCACCUACUGCGGAGUCCAGCUGGUGAAGGAGCGAGAGCGGACCCUGGCGCUGGAGGAGGAGAAGCUGGAGAAAGAGAAGCCGGAGUAGCUGGGAAGGGGACGAAGGAAGGGCUCUGCCUAGCUGGGGCCCCAGCUCCGGCCAGGCCACCGGAGGCCUGACCAGAAUAAAAGACUUUUCUACCAC